CAUGACCUGCAGGCCCAGGCCCUGGCCAACCUGCGCCUGAAUUCACGCAAUUCCUUCCUCUUUGUGCCCCGCCGGGAGGGCAGCCCAGCUCUGCCACCGGCCCAGAGCACCAGGCCGGGGCCACCGCCACCAUCCUUGGAGGAGAAGGCACCGAAGGAGCCCCCGAGGGCUUCUGCCCCGGAGCAGGAAGAGCCUCUCGCUUCCCCACCGGCACCUCUGGAUCCGUUGGUACCUGUGACUUACAUCGAUGACAUUGUGGAGCCGGACAGUGGGGAGCUUUCUCCUAGGGCCGUCUCGGCUCGCUACCCCACGGUGAAUGAGAUCGAAGUGAUAGGGGGGUACCUGUCCCUGGAGAGGUCCUGCAUGAGCAAGACAGGCUCCCGUCGCAAGAAGAUGAAGAUCUCUUUCAAUGAGACAAGUUUGCAGACUAUGUUUGAGUACCCGUCAGAGAGCUCACUGGCAGAAGAGGAGGAGGAGGAGGAGGAAGAGGAAGGACAUGCUUCUGAAACAGAGGAGGACAAGUCUUGCACCUUUCACAUUCCACGCCCAAAUAGCACUUUGCAUCCCAAUACACCUAAUUCAGAUUUAUCCAGCUACACCCCAAAGCACUCCGUGAAGUUCAGCGAGUGGCAGGAGCAGAAAUAUGAGGAGAUGCCUGCUGCAGAGGGACCCCUCCCAAAGGAAGCUGAUUCCCAUGGGAACCAAGUCAUGCUCACCCCAGCAGAGAAGGGCGGACUCUCCGAUUUCAGCAGCGAGCCUGCUCUGUAUUUUUGA